AUGUUUAUAAUCGGAGAAAACGAAAUCGACGGUGAUAAUUUCACCUCCAGUGUAUCGGAAUCGGAUAUUCAGACGUACCGCAUCCACUCGAUCGAAUCAACGAUCGUGAUCCGUCAGUUACCGUCGCAAGGCAUCUCCUUCAAGCUUUGGCUUCCUGCAACAACACUCGUCACGCUUCUCGAUAACUACCGUCGUGACCCAAACAACAGUCCUCUCACUCGCACACUCUCGAAUUUCUCAUCACCGGUUAACAUCGUCGAGCUCGGAUCUGGAACAAAGAUCGUCGGAAUCGCGGCGGCUGCGACGCUUGGUGGUAACGUCACGGUGUCGUCGAGAAUCUCAAGUUUAACGCCGACGCGAACGGCGAAGUGGUGA